AGGGGUAAACUUGUAACUUGCGCAUGUUUCAUGGAGAUAGGCUGACAAAAAUAUGAAAAAUAAGUAAACUGCUAUGGAGCUGAAGGGCAGGUAGGAUUGCCCAAUUCAAACAAUUUUUUUUUUCUUUUUUUAGACGAGAAUGGAUUCGCUUGAUACGCUUGGUUCUUCUAGUAAGAUGUCUAUAGCAAGCAUAUGAAGUUUGGUGGCAAUAGCUCUCUGUCUUUUGACACAAUCCAUAAGAUAAUCCAAUAUACUGAUGCCCUAUGACAAUUGUGUAUCUUGGGAGCAGACGGAGGAAUCAGAUAACAUAAACAAUGUAAUGGAUGAGCUCUAUCGAGAAGCAGGAAUCACAUUGUUGGAAGAACCAGAUUCCAGUAUGGAGCUUAUGGAUACGCACAGUGAGGAUGAAGAUCACAUUAGAAAGAUAAAGGAAUUUCAGGAUUACCUUCAAAAGGUGAAGAUAAUGAUUAAACCAGGUUGUUCAGAAGAAGUGUUGAAGGUGGCAUUGAAUUCCAUGUCCUCGCUAGUAGGCAUACUUGCUUUCAUGUCAUAUCCAAAACACCGUUCCUUACUGUGAACAAGAAUUAACUCCAACACCAUGAUCUUGUUGUACACCAAGGAUGAAUCUGCUGCUGGUAUUUCCUUUAGAAGAAAAUGCACGUUGCAGAAUUUCAUAUCUGUAUCUCCGUAUUAAACUUUUAUGUUCCACUAAUUGUAGUCACCUAGUUGUCUGGACCAGCUUUUACGUUAGAAUUUAUCCAAGAAGCAAAGAUUUGUUCAAAGAUGGUUAGCUUCAUCCAAGAACGUGGGAAUGCUCAAUACCUGUAAGUUGACAGCACACGACAUUAUGCAUUGCAAGCGUCAGAAAUAUAGUUUGAUGAUUAUUGUUCAAUUAUCUGGAUUACUGAAAGCAAUAUACUAACUUGUCUUGUCUCAACCUUGAAGCAACGCAUUCUUUAGAUUUGAAAAUUCGUGUAUCAAUGUUUUAUCUUGUAUUUUUCUUGUCAACUAGGCAAAAUUAAAAAUAACACAAUCAUUAUAUGUCCCAAAAUCUUAAACAUGAAUAUUAUAAAUAUGUAUUAUUGUGACAA